AUGGCGAGAGCUCCGACGGCUGUCAAGUCCCGCGCAACGCCAGAUACGGAGGCGAUAUCAUUCCCAGUCUUGACCUAUACCGAUGCGCUGCCACGAGACGAUCUUCGCGAUAUCAAGAACAACAGAUCUGCGCAACGAUCAGACAGUGGGGCGGUAGCACAAUAUGAGUUUCCCCGGCCGAGAAAUGCAGAUCGGCAUGGAAGCAGGAAACCACAGCCAGCUGUAGCCAUGGCCGCAUCGUUCGACUUUCGAGUAACAGCGCCACCAGAUGAGGUCUUGCCCUCCAAUACAGGCGCAAAUGGCAGUCCAUGGGGUAUACCUAGGAUUGGAGUUGCACUCGGGAGUCCCAGCAUGCUCGACUCUCGAGAAAACCUACCACCACCUCGAUUCAAUACGGAAAUAUUUUCACAAGAACAGGUCGGCCAGCCACCGCUGCCGCACAAAUCGAGCAAAUGGAAGAAGAUUGCCGGACUAUUCAGGGCCAAGAAUGCGCUUGCUAUGCCAAUUGAUGAACCCAGGGCUCCUCCGAAACAACCUGGCCCCAAGCAGAAGAAUGAACAAGGCAGCAGCACGCCGGCGCAACGACGAGGUUCAACUGAAGAAUGGCCAAUUCUCGACAUCGAUUCCACGGCUGCCCCAGCUGAACACAAAUCCAUUCCACAGAGAAGUCGCAAGCUUUCGCUUCCUGGAAAGAAGGCCAGCAAUCCUCAGCCACCAAAGAAAAACGACAAAGGCCGUUUGCUCGAGAUCGACAUUCCGGACGUACAAAUGGAGCGCUAUAGCGUGAUGUUCAGCCAAGUGAUGAGCAAGAACCAGAGACCCUCUCUGCUGGCCAGAAGGAGCAAGACUCUGGACAAUCUGCGUUUGCCAAAGAAUCAGGAUUUCCUGGCUGCAAAGCUCCCACCAGUUCCUCAGCGCCGAGCCACAUCACCAGCACGAUCUAGUUUUACGUUAUUUCCGACUUCCCAACCGUCAAAAGCGGCUCAAGUCCUCGGCACACAGAACUUUUCUCGUGGGCCGACUCCACUACUACGGUCGAAUACCUUGCCAGUGGAGAGUCCAUCUAAGACAUCCAUGGACCAGCCGCGAGCCACGCCCAGUGCUAAUGUGGCUGCACCAUUUGAAUCGCCGGUCGUCCCUAAUAAUGUCUUUGCUUCGCAUGCGAGUACUCCGCGGUCCUCUCUUGAUAAGCCUUUGCCUGCCAUAAAGCCCGAGCUACAAGAACCACAGUCGCGUCCACGAGCGGCAUCAAAACUCGCGGUUGCUCAAACUGCGAAGGAAACCAUCGUGACCAAAGGAGAAGAGCAUAAAUUGGCGCCUUCAUCUGGCAAGCAAGCAGCACUCGCUCCCAGCGUCCCAGUCUCUGAAUCGCCAAAAAGCUAUACCAAUUAUCGGAAAGAAGCGAAGCCAUCCGUGCCCGCAGUAAAUUCCCGAGGUCGAUCAUCCAGCCUGGCACUUCCACGAUCGUCUGCAAACUCUCAACCGGACAAGAAACCGACACAGCCAACUCCUGGGAUACAAGCACGACCAUCGCAAUUACCAGUCUCGCAAGCAACAAAGCCGAUUCAUCAAGAGCGAAAGUCUUCUCUCCAGGCGCCCAGGGCGCCGCAUGCCCGCCCACCCAUUCAACCACCUCCCAAGCUACAGCCGAUUCUGCAGAAAGCACAAAAGCCAUCUUCAGAAAUCGAACCAAGACCUCAACCAAAGCCAGAUGCACACCCCCGUCGGCCAAACCUGAAGAUCCAAACCAAGCCACAACCUGCACAACCACGGCCCCCAGCCAAAUCAGGAUCAUCAUCCUCGACACUCCCUACCGGCACACCACCAACCAGCACACUCCCUACCCCCAACCUACCAGCAAAAGACAACCUUCACUGCACACCAUCCCCCAUAAUACGAACCCUCAGCCCCCAACCAGGACUCUCCCCAGGUGGCUCAUCCCCACGAAUGCCCUUCGUCUCCGAACCAGAGGAACUCGAAAUCAAAAUCGGCCUAGCCCCCGACCCAAAGGACCCCGGCGAACCACUCACCAAAAUCCCCACCAUCGAAGUCUCAAUCGCACGCUCGAUAUCCGUGUCCCGGGGAAAACGGCAAAUGCUUGUUCCUAUCGGUGCGCGCGUGGAUAAUCUCCAUGCGAAUGAGCGGUUUAUUGAGCGGAGGCCCAUGACGCCGCAGAUUAUGGAUGUCAGCUAUGGGCAUAAACAUGCUGUGUCGCAGGAGUUGCAGAUUGAGUCUCUUUGA